AUGGCAAACCAAAUCAAGCAGUAUUUCCUUGCUCCAAGUUGGGAUUAUCCUCCCAAAGGAUCCAUCGUUCUCGGCAACAUCAUCGUCUCACCCACCCGGCCGGUGCCACCCCUCAUCGCUGUCGCGUCUGCUGCCGGGUCACAGGGUCUGAUUUCCUCCACCAAGCAUGGUGUGGAGUGGCAAAAGGGCAAGACAAGUGCACACAAGUUCGGAAUAUGGACCAAAUUCAUCGACUUCCUUGGUAUCAAUGUCGGAAUUGACGUGUCCUCGGGCUCUGAUGACACCUUCCGCUUCGAGAAGAUGCGCACAGAAGAGUUCUUUCCCGACGGAGAGUACAUCAACACGCUUCUCAAGAGAAGCCCCGUUGCGACCAGAAUGUUGACCAAGCAGCACAAAGACCUCUUCGUCAUCGUAGGUGUGAAGACGGUCUCCGGCGCGGCAGUGAAGCGAGCUCACUCCGGCAAUGCCGGCGGGUCUCUGGACAUCAGCAUCGAUGCGACAGUUGCCGGGUCGCCCGUUCCGGCCUCAAUAGGACCAUCGGUGGUGUCUUCGUCGGAAGACAAUGAGAGUGUUUCGUUCGAAGGAUCCGAUGACUUCGUCUUUGCUUUCAGGGUGCAGAAGUUGCGAGUGAAGAGACGUGAGGAGAAUGUACGUCAGGAAGACUACGCCAAAGGCGCCCUGUUCGAGUAUGGUGCUGGCAGGCGGAAAGAGCCUGAAGCUUUGGAAAUCAGCGAGCUAAACUCAUCUGAUGGGCUUGAUGGUUUUUUGAGUCAAGGUGUCGAUGACGAAGGUGACCAGGCUGUUGUAUACGUGCCCAAAACCAUGCCUCAGGCUUAG